UUUAUUAUUUCCCAAAUUUAGGUUCUCCUCCUGCAGGUCGAUAAAUACGUGUCUCUUAAAAUGCUACAUGGCCUUAGGUUGCCCCAGAGAAUGUUGCUUCCAAUUCUAAAAUGGGGAAGGCGCAGCUUGGCCAGUGAUGCUAUAUUGCCCACUGUGCUGGUACACGGUGGUGCUGGGCACAUAGACGCCGAUAAGGUAGAGUGCGUCAAGUUGGGCGUCAAGCAGGCAGCGCAACGAGGCUACAAGGCUAUGCUGGAGACGGGCAGCGCGCUGGAUGCUGUGGAGCAGGCGGUCAUGGUCCUCGAAGCAGAUAUUCACUUCAACGCCGGCUUUGGAUCCGUGCUGACAGAGGACGGCAAUGUGGAAAUGGAUGCGUCGAUCAUGGACGGCUCCCGACUGGAAGGCGGCUGCGUUACCAUGGCACGGAACAUAAUGCAUCCCAUUAGCCUGGCCAGGUGUGUCAUGGAGAAGACGAAUUAUCGGUUUCUAGCAGGCGACGGCGCCAUGCGAUUGGCCAAAGAGGAAGGAUUCGAAAUUCUACCCAAGAAUUCGUUGGUCACAGAGGCAUCGCAAAAACUCCUGAAAGUAUUUAAGACUUCAAAUACUGACACGCUUUACAAUGUGGUUCCAGGCACCGUUGGCGCUGUGGCCAUCGAUGCGUGUGGCAAUGUGGCAGCAGCGACCUCAACAGGUGGUCUAACAGGUAAGUUGUCGGGUCGUGUGGGGGAUUCGCCAAUACUGGGAGCUGGCACCUAUGCGGACAAUGAGGCAGGUGCUGUCUCAGCCACUGGGCAUGGUGAGUCGAUCAUGCGCUACAAUUUGAGCUCACGCGUGUUGGCGCUGGUGCGGCACAAAGAUUAUUCGAUACAAGAGGCAGUGGAAGAGAUGCUACAAAAUAUGACCGCUCAUUUCAAGCAGACGGGCGGCCUCAUUGCCAUCGAUCAUCGAGGCCAGCUGGGCAUCUACUUUACCACUGAACUCAUGUCCUGGGCCUAUCAGCAGGGCAACGAGCUGCACUGCGGCGUGGAGGUUGGCGAGGAUGAAGUGGAGAUUGUGGACGAUGAUACAUAGCAGAGCUUAAAGAAAUAGAUCUGGUCGCAGCCAGAACAAUCAGAUUGGAAACCAUUUAAAUGGAGCUACAAAAAUCACAGCUUCCGCAGAUGGUGAAUAA